ACCAAAACUCGUCGGCCGGGCAGCUCAUUGUACCACCAGACCAAGAAGCCUUGGUCCAUUGAAAGCCUCACUGGGACAAGCACAUCAAGUCCCACAUAGAGUGACAGGUAGUCAAGAGAAAUGUCUUUUAUAUUCGACUGGAUCUACCGGGGCUUCAGCAGUGUCUUGCAGCUACUGGGGUUGUACAAGAAGACCGGCAAGUUAGUGUUCCUUGGUCUGGACAAUGCUGGAAAGACAACACUCUUGCAUAUGCUCCGAGAUGACAGGCUAGGACAGCACGUGCCAACGCUACAUCCAACAUCUGAGGAGCUGACCAUAGCAGGGAUGACCUUUACGACAUUUGACCUUGGGGGUCACACACAAGCAAGAAGGAUUUGGAAGAAUUAUCUCCCAGCCAUUAAUGGGAUUGUCUACAUGGUGGAUUGUGCUGAUCACGAGCGACUUGUGGAGGCUAAAGUGGAGCUAGAUGCCCUGUUAACAGAUGAAACAAUCUCAAACGUCCCCGUUCUCAUCCUUGGAAAUAAGAUAGACCGUCCUGAGGCCAUCAGUGAAGAUGCGCUCAGAGGAAUGUUUGGUCUUCAUGGACAUACAACGGGAAAGGGUAAAGUGUCACUGAAGGAGUUAAAUUUGAGGCCAAUGGAGGUUUUCAUGUGCAGUGUGCUGAAGAGACAAGGGUAUGGAGACGGCUUCCGCUGGCUCUCCCAGUAUAUUGACUAACUUAUGAUAUUUUAACAAGAUUGAAUGUGCUACCUGUGCACACAAAGACAAGUUCCACACAAAACUACCUGCUGUUGAGAGAUAUUUUAUAACACGUGCUGUAUUUAGGAUUAUCUAGCACUGCCAGUUGGAAUAUUUUCCAAGUAGAGGGUUGUGUUGAUGUAGCUUUUGUUCUUCAUAAAUUCAAAGACAUGUCUUUAUUAUAUUAAUCAUACCAUGGCAACUCAAAGACAGACUUGUGAAAUCAUCAGCCUUUAUUAUUUGGAUUGAUUAGUGUGUAAUCUUCAUGGUGUGGUUUCCACAUUUACUUGAAGCCCUUUGGAGAAUUCAGUCUGCCAUAUAGAACAUGUCAUCGCUGUGAACCAGUUUCUGACCCUGGUUUAUUUUUAGCUGCUGGUGUAGACUUACAGUGAAGGUCAGUCUGGUUCCCAUUCUGUGCGGGGAGUUCCUCUGUCAGGAUUUAAGUUUGUUUUUUUUUAAAGUCUGGCACAGUUAAAACACUACAACCUUUACAGCAUUAUCUUAUUUCUUCCAACUGUAUUGGUAACUUAUUGUAGCAUAAUUUUUUUCAAACUUCUGAAUAAUUUUUUUGAAAAAGCUGCAGAGAUUUAGUGCCAUAUUUAUUAAUGACAGAAGUGUUAACACAUUAGCCAGCUUCAUCCACUCAUACUGACAGUUUUGCUGUUAGCAUCUUUUUUAAGUCAAUGAACAGUUACUCAUUUCAGGGCUAUUUUAUGAAUGUGACCACAAGUGCAUUACUAACAUCUUGCUGGGAAAAUGUUCAUUUAUAGCACAAGCCAGUGUUAAGUAUGUUGUAAUCGCAGUGUUCAGUAGUAUCGCAGUAUCUGCAUCAGCACAGUCAAGUGAUGUAACAAACUUCUCCACAGUGAGGAUGCCAUACCACCGGUUUUCUUGAUGGUUAAUUGCUGUGAAAUAACUUUGAGUACUUUGUGAUUAGUGGCUGCUCACAAAGGCAGUCAUAUUAUGAGAGUACUUUGGUGGUGCACGAAAAAAGAUGCACAGAAAAACCUCUUAGAACAAAGUUAUGAAUUAUUUUGUAUAUAAGCUCUUAUUUAUAUUUUGCAACAAAGAUUGGCUUUCCUUGUGUUAUGUUAAGCAUUGAGCUCUGAAAUAAUGUAUCUGUUACAAAAGGUUGGUCGUAUUAUUAUGAUGUGUGCAGUUUGAGCAAAAUAAAUAUUUUUGACAUCCUUUAAA